AUGGGUGACCCUGGGAGAUCCCUUUCCUCUGACGGUCUCCUCCCUUCCAGAGCCUGUUCUGUUUUUUAAGCUUCCUCGGGGACCGGGGAGCCAGUUCCCCCUGCCUCUUACGAGGCCCCCAAACCAGGGAUCGAAGCCACUUGGCUCUGAAUUGAGAUGGGGGGGCGGGCAGCAACUGGGUGUUCAGAGAGAGGCCGACCCUUCUCUGUCCAGUUCUGCAAAGUCCUUCUCAGGGUCAGCCCUCCCAGGCAGACAGCCACCCUGAGAGAGGCAGUCGAGGGUUGGGUGAGACCUCAACCUAUUGGGUGAUGACCUUGGUUGUUUUUCCCCCUUCAACCCCCCCACCCAUUCCUAGUCAGGAUGCUCAGAAACUCGGGGCUCACUUGGAUACCUGGGACACACCGAAGCAGGCGGAACCAGCCAGGGGUAAGAGUGACCCGGGCGGCCUCAGUUCUCAGCCCGCGCGCCCUGGGCCCAGGCGGCGGCGGUCCAUGGCAGACCCCGCACCCCCAGCCCCGGCUGCGGCCCCGACGGCGACCCAGGCCCCCGGCAAAAAGGAGCUGAAGAUCGUGAUCGUGGGGGACGGCGGCUGCGGGAAGACCUCGUUGCUGAUGGUUUACAGCCAGGGGGCCUUCCCGGAGCACUACGCCCCUUCGGUCUUCGAAAAGUAUACGACCAGUGUGACCCUGGGCAGCAAGGAGGUGAUCCUGAAUCUCUAUGACACAGCAGGUCAGGAAGACUAUGACCGCCUUCGUCCACUGUCGUACCAGAACACUCACCUUGUCCUCGUCUGCUACGACGUCAUGAACCCCACCAGCUAUGACAAUGUGCUCAUUAAGUGGUACCCUGAGGUCACUCACUUCUGCCACGGGACGCCUAUGGUUCUCAUUGGCUGCAAGACUGACCUGAGGAAGGACAAGGAGCAGCUGCGGAAGCUACGAGCUGCUGACCUAGAACCCAUCACCUACGCCCAGGGUGAGAGUGCCUGUCAACAGAUGAAGGCAGCCCUGUACCUGGAGUGUUCGGCCAAAUUCCGGGAGAACGUGGAGGAUGUGUUCCGAGAGGCCACCAAGGUCGCCCUUAGUGCCCUCAAGAAGGCCCAACGAAAGAAGAAACGGCACAUCUGUCUUCUGCUGUGAUGGGAUCCCAGGUCCUGGACAGCCCCUGGAUGGGCUGGGCCAGCGGUCUUUGUCUCUCCAAUCUCCUAGGGAGCUAGUGGCUGGGGAGGAAGGGGGGAGGGUGACAUCAGUGCAGCUCUGGGAAGGGACCUUAGACCCCAUCCCCAGGUGACUCCUUUCCCAGCUCUGAGUCAGCGCAGAGCUGGCAAGAUCCCCAGAGCAGGGCAUAGAGUGCCUCCCAUGGAACGCACAGCCCCGAGUGAUUCCUUUCUGCCUGGUUGGAGCCAAUGACUCCCAACCAGUCUCUUGGGUUUGGCCCUCAUGCUGAAGAUGGGGUUUGGAGGCUGCCCACCUCAGGCGACCAAUCCCCAUUCACUUAUUAAUAAGCACCUAUGUACCAGGCUCUGUGCUAGGUGGUGGGGUUACAAAGAUAAUGAAACACUCCCUACCCUCAAGAAACUCCCAUUCUGUCAGGCACUGGGGAGAAAGGAGCCGUUGCUUGGGUCUAAGUGUCCAUGCCCUACCUGUUAAGUGGACCACAUGGGCAGCUUUUUCCCCUUCAUCCCAGGGAGGUGGAGGAGGGGGGUCAGCCAAGCCCUCUGGGCGAAGCACAGGACUGAUCCAGGGAGAAUGUGCAGGGGAAGCCAGACAUGGCCAAGCUCCCAGGAUGAGCUGCUUGGAGAGGCCGAUGGCCGUCACUGGCAGGAUGGACAGCUGUCUAGGUGGAUUUUUGCUGAGGUCUUCCUGUGUACAGGUUGGACUAGCUGACGUCUGAAACCCUAUCGUGCCGAGUCUAUUAGUCACCCAGCUGACACAUGGGAUGCCUGCUGUCAGAGGCAAACCUAACAGAGACUCUGGAAUUCCCAAAGCCCCUUUCUCACACCAUCUUGGCCACAUUCACAUUUGACAUUAAAAACCA